GGGGAGGUUACUUUUCUUCAUUGUUUACCCUUUGAUCUGAAUAUUUGCAUAAAGGUGCGAUUUUUGUCUGUCAGGAUAAUUUCAUUUUUUUGAAGAAGAAAUGGCUUUGUCGUGCCUCCUCAGGGGCUCCGUCUCCGUUUGUAAAGUCCAACCGGGGCUCGGGAUCGCCUCUAGGAUGUCGCCUAUUUCGACCUUCGCCUACGAUAAGCUCACCGCCGUACAGAAGAGAAACUCAUCGGAACUCUUAAAAAAACUGAGUCCUCCAGCACAAAGGGUAAGCUUGACAGAUGCUUUGAGGCCGUUCACAACUACCUCGGUGAAGCAUUCCAUGGGCUCCGACCAUGGCAGGAUGUGGUCUCUUGAGAAAUACUUAUCCGCCUCUAUGGUCGUAGUCGCUCCUUUGGCAGUCGCGUUUCCGAAUAUACUCUUCGAUCUCAUAUUCGCUAUCGCCACAACAAUGCACGUCCACUGGGGUGUCGAAGCCGUAGUCGUCGAUUACGUCCGCCCGAUUAUAUUCGGCAAAUUUAUACCAAAACUGUCAGUGAUGCUUGUUUACGUCUAUUCAAUCCUCUUGCUCUUCGGCCUCCUCAACUUGACUUUUAGGGGCAAGGGAAUCGGAAACAGUGUCCAGCACUUCUGGAGCAUCUAAGUUUAAUUUAAUCAACGCAGUUUACCUUGUGUAAAUAAAUUUGUGGUGUUGUUAUUUAUAAUCUCACAUCGGUAAAUAUCCUACUUUUGACAAAAUCUUUCUUUUGUUAUUCAGUAUUUUCUCAAAAUGAAUAGUUGUUAUCAGUUUGUAAAUAAAACUAAAUAAAAUAAAUCUUUACUUAAACUGUUG